AUGACUCAGGUCCGCCGCAAGGGCAAGGAGAAGAGCAAGCGCCGGGGAGGCGGAGGCGGAGGCGGAGGCCGAGGUGGGGGAUCUCGGACGUGCUAUCGCUGCGGAUCGGCGGCGCAUCAGGUCUCGCAGUGUCCAGAGCUCCAUCCUGAGUUGGCCCAGAGUGGCGAUGAAGAAGGUGAUGAGGCGAACAAGUACAGGCGGCGGGGCAAGGGCGAUGGCAACGCGUUUCGGUUCGAGGCCAUGGAGGAGGCGUUGCGGAGAGAAGCUGUCGAGUCGGUGGAUGUGCUCGAGGUGGUGGAGACCCGCGAGGAGGCUGUGGAGCGUGCUGAGCUCAUCGGGCUGUCGGCUGUCGGCCAGGCGCUGGACGUGCCGGACGAGCUGCUGACCAAAGCCGUGGCAGCCGACGACGUCGACUGGAGCCUCUACACGGACAAGGAUGCAGCGACGCUGGCGGUCGAGGCCUUGCCCGACGACAACCGCGACCUCGAGGGCCCGUCCAAGCCGGACCGCCCUGCGCCGGCGGGCACAAGCCUCCGCAAGCAAGCCGAUCGCCUGGCCCAGCUCGACGGGCGCGCGCCCAUUGUCUCAGCCACCAUCUCGCUCGACGACGGCGCCUUGCCCGGCAUCGCCGCCGCUGAUGACGGCGAUGUUGACGCACUCCUGGCGUCGUCGGCAGCCCGCACGGCACCGUCGACUACCGGCAGCGGCAAGGUCCAGCUCGCACCCACCGCCACCGCCACACCCGCACCCGCUGAUGCGGUUGCUGCUGCUGUUGACGCAACAACCGAAGACCUCGAGGACUGGCUGGACGAUGUCAUCUGA